AUGCAGUACACUACUCUUGCCACUCUCUUCUUUGCUACCGCCGUUCUGGCUGCCCCUAAGCCGCAGGACUCGGACUCAUCUAUCUCAUAUGCCACUUCCUCCGAUGACACAGACUCCGAUGGCUACGACUAUGGUCUCGACGUCCCCACUUCUAUUGAAUCGGUCCUCGCAACCGCCAUCCCCUCCACUUGGCUAAUGGAAUACGAAACUAACGAUGCCUUCUUCACCUCCGUGGUCGACGCCAUGGAGAAGGGUAACUACCCUGAUUGGGUUAACGCCCUCCCAUCCGGGGCGCACGCCUACGUUACCUCGGAACUUCAGGACGAGCUGUCUGAAUUCACCAGCGAGAUGGCCGCAGCCACUGGCUAUUCUGGCUAUGAAAGUUCCAACACCGGCACUGUGAUCACUCCUACUGCUACCGACUCCGCCACCGUCGUGUCUGGUACUGCCUCCGGCACUGGCUCUACUUCCACCGCUACUGGCUCCUCCAAGUCGAGCUCUUCCGGUGCCUCUUCCUCCGCUUCUUCCGGUGCCGCUUCCAGCACUUCCUCUGGUGGCGCUCCUGCCGCCACUGGCACCAUUGCUAUGGGUCUCGCGGGCGCUGCUGGAAUUCUGGGUAUCGCCCUUGCUCUGUAA